ACAAGCAUGGGCACCAGCGUUGCUGCACGUCAGGUUUUUCGGUGGACUGUGAGAAAUGCCACCUCCUCUGUAUGCAGUCCACUCCAGUUUUGGAUUUACCCCCUGCAGCCACUGUGCACCCAGUGUAGAUUGUUCUGUUCCUCCAGCAGCACUCUGCCGUCAGCUCAACGCAGCAAGCCAGUCACAGAGCUGUCCCUGCGCUCUUUAGCUGAUCUGGGAUUCACAGACAUCCAAGCAGAGCAGAUAUAUGACUCUGUGUCCAAAGCCAGAGGGGGAAGUGCUCCCAAACAUGUUCUGUCAACUCUCACAUCUCUGUUUGCCAUGGGCCUCAACCCCUCCAGUGUGCUGAAGCUGCUGGAGAAAUGUCCCGAACUUUACACUGUCAAGGAGCCACAGCUUCAGCAGCGCAUAGACAACCUGCGGAAACUAGGUUUAGUUGAAGGCAGUCUACAGAGAACAGUGUCUCAUCACCCUCAGAUCCUGACUCUGCCUGUGAAGACAAUAAAAAAUGUGGUGGUGUUCCUCAGAGAGAAGUGCCUGUUUACAACACAGCAGAUCACAGACAUCCUCAGAGAUAGUCCGGCCACACUUCAAGAAAACCUGGAUCAGCUGGAGUACAAGUUUCAGUACGUCUACUUCAGAAUGGGAAUCAAACAGACAGAGAUGGUGAAAACCAGGUUAUUCCGUUUCACUCUGGAUGAGGUGCGCUGUCGACACACUUUUCUGGAGCGCAGGGGCUUGUAUCAAACCCCAGACAAGAAAGGACAGACAGCCAUCAUCAACCCCAAACUGGACAGUGUCCUUAACAUUGACCUGGACACCUUCCUCUCAAAUGUUGCCAUGGCGUCAGCGGAGGAGUAUGAUGUGUUUCAGAGAUUGAUGGCGAGAGAAUGGCAGGAACAGGAGCAUUAUGGCAAAAUCGAAGCUGAUAAUGAUGACAAAGAAGAAGAGGAUGAUGAUGAUGAGGAAGAGGAGACUAGAGGCAAGAGUGGCUACAGCAAGAGAAGAAAGAAAUGACAGUGAAGGAAGGACAAAUACACAUACAUACAAAUAAUAUAAAGAGGAAGUGAUAUGAUAACAGAACUGACAAAGGUAUCAAUUGAUUGUUUGUUGAACUAAGGUUUGUCAUUGGGAACCAUAGACAUAGAUUAUCUAAAACACACAUGGGAACAAAAUUAUUACCUGGUUUGUCCUUUCAUGAACGUACCCAUGAUAACGGCAGACUGUGUUGAACCCUCUGGUCUGAAGUUGUUUUCUAUGUUUAUGUAAAUGGCCUCAUGUGGAUGUGAGAUGCACUAACGUCUGUGUUAGGUCAGGCCAAUUGAUGACAUCUCUGUACUAAUGUGUUACAGCUCACAGGUGUGAACAUGGUGAAUAAUAUAUCCCACAUAUUCUCUUAACAGCCCAAAAAACACUUUCCUUUAAGUGAUCUGGACCUUAAAGUAAUUUCAUGGACUUAACUGUGUUGAUGCUUGAUGUAUUGGCAUUAAAAGGAAAUGUGAAACUAAUCAGUGUAACCUAGA